GUCAAUCUGAACUUCUCAUCCCCCCCCCCCGCCGCGCCUUCUGCAAAACCCUCAGCUGUUUGGAAGGAAGUCGCAUGGGACUCUUGCAAUGGGGAGGUGGAGAUUGGUGUGGAAGGCAUGGGGCUGCAAAAGGCCCCCCAUUUGGACGGUCUCGGUGCUCCACCGCAGAAGUGCAUCAACCUUCCCGCUCCCUCGCCAGCCCCUGCCCUCACUGGCCGAAACCAUGGCCCGAUACCUCCGCUCCCUGGAGCCCCUGGUCAGCCCCGAGGAGUUGGAACAGACCCAGCAGCUGGUAAAGGAAUUUGAGGAGCCUGGCGGGGAGGGCGAAAGGCUCCAGGCCCGGCUGCAGUGCAGGGCAGCUCGCAUGGAGAACUGGAUCUCAGACUGGUGGGUUCAGUCAGCCUAUCUGGAAAGCCGUCUCCCUCUGGCCGUCCACUCAAGCCCAGCUGUGGUGCUACCCAAACAGGAUUUCAAUGACUGGAAGGGGCAACUGAGGUUUGCAGCAAAACUCAUUGCUGGUGUGUUGGAUUUCAAAGCAAAGAUAGACUACCAGACCCUGUUGGUUGAAUAUUCACGGGGCUAUCCUCUCUGCAUGGACCAGUAUUCCCGCCUCUUUGCUUCCUGCCGACUUCCAGGACCAAACCACGAUUCUGUCUUGCUGCCUCCCCCAGGCCGAAGACCCCCCACCUACAUCACUGUAGUCCGCAACUUCCAGUUCUUCCAGCUCGAAGUGUACAACAGCGACGGGACACCUCUCACAGUUGAUCAGCUCCACUGCCAGCUACAGCGAAUACGUAGCCAGUCGUGGAAGACAGAUAAGGAGCCCCUGGGGGUGCUAACUAGUGAUCACCGACACACAUGGGGGCAGGCUUACACCACGCUCAUGAGAGACAAGCUAAAUCGGGAAUCGGCACGUGCAAUCCAGCGCAGUCUCUUCACUGUCUGUUUGGACGCACCUGUCCUGAAGGUGUCAGACACACGCGUAGCCAGCCGUCUUGCAGCACAAAUGUUGCAUGGUGGCGGCAGCUUCUCCAAUUCCGGAAAUCGCUGGUUUGACAAGACUCUGCAGUUCAUAGUGGGAGAAGAUGGCUCCUGUGGAGUGCUUUAUGAACAAGCAGUUGCUGAAGGGCCCCCAAUUGCCACUAUUAUAGACCAUGUCCUUGACUACUGCAAAGAUCCUGACCCAGUACGUGCCCCAUUGAUCCCUCUGCAGUUGCCCAAAAAACUCUACUUUUGCUUCACUCCAGAAAUCCAACGUGACAUCAAACACGCGAAGCAGAACCUGGACAUCCUCAUCACUGACCUGGACAUCAGCUGCUUCACUUACCGUCGCUUUGGCAAGGAAUUUCUCAAACGCAGUGGGCAGAGCCCAGACUCUGUCCUGCAGGUGGCGCUGCAGCUUGCCUAUUACAGGGCACAUGGGGAGCUUUGUCCCACCACUGAGUCAGCCUCUCUCCGUCGUUUCCACCGUGGGCGGACGGAGACUAUCCGCUCCGCUACUUCUGCCGUACUGGCCUUUGUGCAGAGUAUGGCUGACGACAACUGCCAGGCCCCAGAGAGGCUGUCGUUGCUGAAACAAGCAGUUGAGGUCCACAGCACUCUCACAGAGCAGGCUCUGAAUGGGCAAGGCAUUGACCGCCAUUUGCUGGGACUGAAACUGGAGGCGAUUGCUGAUGGCUUCCGUGUGCCAGAGCUUUUUAUGGACACUUCCUAUGCUGUGGCCUCUUAUUGGAAACUCUCGACAGGCCAGGUAGCUGCCCGCACAGAUUGUGUGAUGUGUUACGGGCCACUGGUGCCCAAUGGCUAUGCCGUCUGUUACAAUCCUCUGCCUAACCACAUUAAUUUUGCCAUCACUGCCUUCAACUGUUGUGAAGAGACUAAUGCUGAGCAUCUGGCCGGAAGCCUCCAGGGGGCCCUGGAUGAUGUUGGGGCCUUGCUGGGGAACUAUAGAGAUGAAGGCCCUCACAGUGGAAAUGGGAGUUCUGGAAGGCAACCUUGAGAAACAUUCCAUACCUCUGUUCCCUCACCCCAGAUCUCCACUGUGGAUGUCAGAGUUCUCUCAGCCUCAUGUAACAUGUUUUACCCAUAAUUCCUUAAGCCUCGGGUCCAGAAUCUUGUCCUGGCUACCCUUCGUGCCAAAGCUCAUUCAUUACCCAGGUGACUUCCAGCCUUUCAUGCCAGCACUCCUUUGUCCUAAUGCCCUUUGUAACCCAUCAGAGGGGACCUCUAGGAAGGCAGCCAUUGUUUUUUUUACAUUGUCUUAAUUCAAAGCCAAAUCUAAUUUAUUUCCAGGUUGAACAAAAGAAAUAAAGAUCCUUUCACAAAA